AUGGCAGCCGCCGCGGCCGCCGCCGGUGGCUCCCUCGAGUCACGCGCCGCCCCUUCUCCUCUCGCCGUGACCCUUUCUGAUGACAUCAAAUCAUGCUCCCCCAUGACCGUCACGUGGGAUGCGUCCAAAGGACAGGCGCCCUGGACGAUCACCGUGGCCCCCGUCAACCAACUCCCCGUAUCCGUAACGAUCCCCACAGCCUCAUCUUCCUCCUCGCAAUGGCAGUGGAAUGUCCCCAACUACCCCGACUCACUCAACGUCAUCGUCGCCGUAUCCGACGCCACAGGAGCGGUCGCAGGCACGUCCUCCUUCUCCAGAAUUGCAACGUCCAGCUCCUCAUGCUCAGCCCCUGCUUCGGAUCUGGACUUCGUCUGGUUCCCCCGAUCAGAGAAGGCGAUUCCUCAGGAGUGUGGAUCGUGGGAAAUUCAGUGGCAGGUCGACUCCUCAAACAGCGGCAUCACUCCACCAGUGCAAUUCGUCGUCCUCGCUGAGCGAAUGGUUCCACUGCAGUAUGCGGCGGGAAUUCGCGAUACCAGCUGGAACUUCCCCGUCGUGCUGCCCAGCGGGACCGACUUUGUCAUUGUUGCGUUGGAUGAUGGCAAGUCCGGCACAGGAGGCGUGGGAGAACAGUACACAGUUGGGUCCAGGCCGACGAAGUGCACCGCGAACGCAAACGUCACAGCUAGCCCAGGAUUGGUGGCCGCAAAGUCGAUUGGUAGCGCCGUCGCCGCUUCCUCGUCAGCUACGGCGUCGUCUUCCUCCGCGUCAUCGUCGCGCACUGGAUCCCACCACAACUCCACCAAAUCUGGCGCCGUUGCCGCAACGCCUACAUCCAGCAAUAGCAGCUCUUCCUCCAAAAAUGCCGCCGACGACUCAUCAUCUUCCUCUUCCUCCUCAAAUGGUGGCGCAAUCGCGGGCGCAGUAGUCGGCUGCCUCCUCGCGGCGGCAAUCGUUGCGGGCCUCUUCAUCUUCUGGCGACGCCGCAAAACAGCCAAUGGCGGUGGAUCGAACGGUCGCUCUGGCUGGCCUGCUGCGGAGGUUAUGCCCUGGAAGUGGGAGGUAGUAGACGAUGAGAAACGCAAUGGCAAUGGUGGUGAGGGGCCCUCCGACGAUGGGCACCAUGGAGGCGGCGCUGCGGCUGGUGCUGCUGCGGCUGGCGCCGGUAGCUCUUUCGCAGUCCAUCACGUCCGCAAAGCCUCGGGCGCAAACAUGGACCCAACCUACGCCUACGCCGCCUCGGGCACCGAUGCUGGCUCGCAAGGACACCACGUCUCGAAGCCUUCCUUGUCAUCUCGCAACAUCUACUCGGUGGUUCCGGACGAGGCUCUCUUCCCUCCUCCUGGGCCCGCAUCGUCGCAUCACCAUCAGAGUUGGGAUGAGCCUUCACAGCAGCGCGGUCGGCAACGCGAAGUCUCUUCUGGGUCAAGCAGUGUCGAAGGACGCCCGCCGCGACCGCCCGUGGCUAAGGUGGUGCCUGACUCUAUGCUCUUUCCUCCACCACCGCCCGCAUCCGGAGCGGGCACGCCGGUGGGUGGUAUUGGGGCUGGCGUGGGGACAUACGCCGCGAUGAACAACAGGUCGUACGACUCGGCGCAUGGCUCUCCCUCUCUCGCCCCUGGGCAAGUGCUCGGCCGCAACCUCGUUCCCCGCCAGCCAGCACCCUUCCGUGAGCGAGAACGAGCAGAGGACCCCUUUACCUCGCCAGAACGUCAGCCUUCCACCUCCCAAUCACCGCCCCGUCAACCCGCCUCAACGGCUCCACCCUCCUCAUACCCGAUCUCAACCUCCAUCCACGACCCCUACUCGCACAUGUCUCGCAUCUACAACGACCCCAUAAUGGCCGCAAGGAUGGCAGAGCUCGAGCGCGAAGAGCAGGACCGCCGUGCUCAGCUGGACUCUCAAGCAGCUCCGCCUGGUGCGGCUAUGAUGAUGAGCCCUCAGCAGGCGAGGGAGAGGUCGGGAAGUGGGUCUCAGGCGCCGAGGCUUCCGCCUUUGUUGUAUCCGGGUGCGAGGGGAAAGGCUAGUGCGGGUGAGGAGCAGCAGACAAGCAGCCCUGCGGCCCCCACGGCUCCCACGGCAGGAGGACUGGGCGUGCAGCAGCUCACGCGCAAGCCGUCUAACCGUAGUAGCAUGGGGAGCGAGAUGGAGGCGGCGUUGCCUUACCUCUGA